CAAUUAAAUGCUAAAUGUGUUGAACUUGCUGUCACAGCAUCAUUAGCAUUAUCAGGAAAUGUUCAACUAGUAUCUUCAUUCGAUCGCAAGCAAUAUUUUUAUCCUGAUUUACCGUCUGGUUAUCAGAUAACUCAACAUUAUGCACCAAUAUCUCUUGGUGGUAAAAUCUUUUUAAAUCAUUUGGACGGAUUAGAAUAUGAUACUGUGGUUAGAAUCAAACAGAUUCAGCUUGAGCAGGAUACGGGCAAAAGCAUUCAUGAUAUUGUACCUGGUAUGACUUUGAUUGAUUUAAAUCGAGCAGGGACUGGGUUAAUAGAAAUUGUUACUGAACCAGAUAUGAGGACAUCAAAGGAAGCAGGUUUAACUGUUAGAAAGUUACAAUCAAUACUUCGAGCAAUUGGAUCUUCAGAUGGCAACAUGGAAGAGGGUUCAUUACGAUGUGAUGUCAAUGUUUCUGUGCACGAACAUGGAACACCAUAUGGAACCAGAUGUGAAAUUAAAAAUUUGAAUAGUAUUAAAUUUUUGAUGGCAGCCAUUGACGUGGAAAUAGAAAGGCAGAUAAAAGAACUAGAAAAUGGGAAUAAUCUCGAACAAGAGACCAGAGGAUUUGACGUGUCAAAAAAUCAAACAUUUAGAUUAAGAUCAAAAGAAACUGCUACUGAUUAUAGAUAUAUGCCCGAACCAGACUUGCCACCAUUAAUAUUAAACAAGGAUUAUAUCGAGAGAAUAUCGAAUAAUUUACCCGAAUUACCGGACGAACUUAAAACGAGAAUAAUGAAGCAAUAUUGUAUUCCAUUACAUGAUGUUAUAGUAUUAAUGAAUGAAAUCGGUGGUGUAAAAUAUUUUGAGGAGGCAGUAAAAAAUCGUAAUCCACAGCAUAUUUCAAAUUGGAUUAUACACGAAUUAUUUGGACUUCUUCACGCAAAAAACAUCAAGUUUUCUCAGAAUCCAGUGUCAGCACUUCAGCUAGGUUCUGUCAUUGAUUGUGUUGACAAUGGAGACAUUACAGGAAAAAUUGGAAAAAAGAUUCUUGAAAAAAUGAUUGCCGGAGAUUCAAGAUUGGCUUCUACAAUAAUUCAAGAGGAAGGCUUGAGACAAUUAAAUAAUAUCAGUGAACUUGAAAAAAUUUGUCAAGAGGUUAUUUUACAAAAUCCUAGACAGUUAAUAUCUCUCAAAGAAGGGAAACAAACUGUUUUUGCUUGGUUCGUAGGACAG